CGAACCAUUAAGCGACCAAAAAAUAUCAAAGACUGUAAAAAAUACGGUAAUGCGUACUUAUUUUGCUGAAUGAAAUAUUUGAAUGAAAUAUUGAAUUCAUUUGUUGUGAAUAGGGUUACUAAUGUUCUUAUUUAGCUAAAUACAAUUAACUUAUCUAAUAUUUUUCAACUUUGACAGCAUAAUAGUUAAAUCUUCAAAAAUGUAAAAAAAUAAAAUAUGAAAAGAUCACUUGCAUUAACAAGAAACGAACAAAGUUACAUAGUCCUCAAUUUCGAGGACAAUCAUGCUCGAAAAUCAAACCCUAGGAAACAAAGACAGAGCUCUUUUAGCCACCAGAUGGGUCACCCUAUUGUUAUGUCUCCCUAACGUUGAUAGAAAUAAACGAUGAAAGACAAAAUUCUCAGGGAAAAUCUGCAAGACAAAUCAAUGGGUGGUUUGGGAGGGUGAGAAGAUGCCUAAGUUCCCGAUUAGCAGGAUAUGGCAUAGCAUCAGACCUAAAAGUGAAGCUGUGAGCUGGUCUAAACUAGUGUGGAAGAGUGGCAUUCCUAAGAAUUCAGCAAUUACAUGGUUGAUUAUGAUAGACCGAAUAACAACUCUUGAUGUAGUGCAGCAUUGAAAUCCAGAAGUUUAUCUAAAGUGUCCUCUCUGUGGGCAAGAACCAGAGUUAAGGAGCCAUAUCUUCUUUCUGUCUAAGUAUGUGCAGGAAGUCUGGGUUGUUGUGUUCCCAGUGUCAUGGUCCUUUCUAGUUUCAAGAACACUGCAACAGGCAGUAAAUGUAGCAAAUCAGAGGUACAAAACGUGUUUGGUAGGCAGAAUGCUUUGGUGUCUGGUGUUGAGUGAGAUCUGGAGGGAACGGUGCAGGAGGCUUUAUGGAGGUAAGCAAUUGACAGUUGUGGAAGUCACAAAGAAGAUGCAGAGGGUGAUGGAAGCAAAGGAAGCUGGAGACCCAAAAAUUGCAGAGUUUGUUUCUAGUGUUGUUUUGUGUUAAAAGAUUAGUGGCUGAAGGUCAUUGUUGUGUGGUAGAUAGCAGAGUAGUUGGUUAGUUGGUUUGUUGAGUCGUAAGCUUGUUGUUGUCAGGUUUUAAACUUCGUUGUUGAUCGUAUUUGAUGAAUAAAAUCCUGCUGAUUCAUCAUAAAAAAACCCCCCGAUGAAACUCUUCCAGAAUCGCACCACCCUUCACAUCCCUAACACACCUGGGGUAAACUCCCAAAAUAUUAAUUUUUCAUUAUUUACCAUCAAUAUGGUGGUUUUAAAACUAUUGACACAAAUAUUGGGUUUUGGAGAGCAAAAUUGGCGAGACCGCCCGAGACUCAGACGAAGCUGCUUUUUAGGCUUUUUAAUACGAAACUAGUGGCCCCGCCUGAGUGUGAGAAUUUUCAGUUGACAGUUCCAUCCAGGGUGACAUAUCACCAAUUUUGUGAGAAUUAAUUCCGAGGAUACGGCAUAAAGCAGUACAAGAUAGUGAGUGAUAUAAUCACAGGUUUCCCUUACUGUCUUCAAGAAUGGCAGAAUGGUGUUGUAUUUCAUUAUGUGAUGCCUAUUGUAGAUGAUGAUAGCUUGAAUGUGCUUUUCGAUUUUAUGGCACAAAAUCCUUAUUGUUUGGGUGCUGAGAUACAUGCUGAGAUUAGUGAGGAUCAAGGUGGAGAGGAAGAAUAUGAGACUUGGAGUGUGCCAUCUGAUCAUGACUAUGAUGACGGAGAGCCGGAAGAUGAUGAUGAUGAGGAGGAUGAUGAUGAUGAUGAUGAUGAGGAGGAGGAUGAUGAUGAGGAGGAGGAGUUGGAGGAGGAGGAGGAGGAGGAAGAAGAGGAAGAAGAAGAAGAGUCUAAUUAUCCUCCAUAUUUUUACUUGCAGAGUAAUGAAGAGGAUGACGAAUUAUCAUAUGCUAAUUCAUAAGGCAUAAUUCCGAUGCAUAUUGUUGCUAGUUUUGAAAGAGAAUUCUAUAAGGGUCAGAUAUUUCACUCGAAACAAGCUGCACAGGUGUCGAUUAAAUACUACGCACUACAACACAACUUUCCGUAUGUCAUGGUUGAGUCGUCACCUUCAAUAUGGAAGGUCAGAUGCUUGUAGCAGUACGACUCAAUCGACUGAUCAUCGCCAUCUUGAUGUCGACGUUAUAUUUGAGUCCGUGAAGUGUUUGGUACGUGCCCAACCAAAUCUGAGUGUUCUAACUGUGCACGCCGAGUUGAAAGAUAAGUUUAAUAUGCAAGUUAAUUACUUACAAGAAGGCUUGGUAUGGGAAACAUAGAGUAUUGGAGAAGUUGCAUGGAAAUUGGGAAUAAUCCUACAAUUAUUUGCAAGCAUUCUUGCGGGUGGUAAAUAGAAAAUUGCCAACAUCAAUGAUUGAUUGGGUAAGAGUUCCUUCAUCACAACCAUGCCAUUUGAUCUUUCAACGAGUAUUUUGGGUUUAUGGACCUUGUAUAAAUGGAUUCAAGAAUUGUCCAGGAGUCAUGGUUGUUGAUGGAAAAUUUCUUACUGGAAAGUAUAAAUGAGUGCUACUCAUGGCAAGCUCAUUUGAUGGUCGGAAGAAGAUUUUUCCAAUUGCGUUUGUCAUAGUGGAGAGCGAGAAUACUGAUAGUUGGCCAUGGUUCAUAAGACACAUUCAAGGUUUGAUCGAUUGAAAUUAUGUGUGCAUCAUCUCAAUUAGACAUGCAUGACUCUAUGAAGCCAUGAGUGACAUCGGAAGAGGUUGGGAGUGGAUGUGGUGCAUGCGGCACUAUGCACGCAACUUACAAAUGAAGACUAAAAGCAGGGUUAUGUAUAAAAAACUUUUUUUGAGUCAGGAAGCCUUCAUUGUUAUGGUUAUUUAUUGUUAUGUAUUAUUUAUUUUCAUUUAAUUUUGUAAUAGAUAUAUCUAACUCGUGUGGUUAUUUAUUGUGUUAGCCAGAGAAAAACGCUUGGAGAAGUUCGAUCGUCAAGUUGAGCAAUUUAAGAAGAUGGUCGCUGAUAGAAAUAUUUCUUGUGAUAACUGGGUGGACCAAAAUCAACUUUGUUGGAGCUUAGCACAUGAUAACUAUAAUGGUGGGCAUCGAUGGUCAAUCCUGACAUCCAACAUGGCAGAGAGCAUCAAUGAUGUUUUCAAAGGUAUUCGUUCACUUCCUAUAGCUUCUCUUCUGCAAUGUACUUAUUAGCGAUUAUUGGAUAAAUUCGAUAAGAUGAGUUGGAGACAGAAGCACAAAUUAGAAGUGGUCAUUCACAGUACACCAAACCAUGUGAAGAACUGAUGAAGCCGUGGGCACAAAAGGCGUUGGACAUUCCGUGACGGAUGUUGAUCGACGUCAAGCGACUCUCUGGAGGCAUGUACCAACUACUACCCACGCGGUGGCCCAUGAUGGGGAUGGCGAUAGAAAAACCUAACCUCAGGCUCUGUAUGUGGUGGAUGAAGUUCAUCUUGCAGCAUGCCAAACUAUCGGAGCAUGCGGUCAGGAUGGUGCCACGUCACCGCUGAAAAGCAGAUCAGUGGAACUACUGCUCGAAACGUCUUAGAUUGGAUCACACUGCCUCUAUGGUUCUCAGCUCUCUCAACGUAAGGGCACCACUACACACAAAAGUGGUCACAUGAUUACUCCUACAUCUAAAAAAAACCAAUGAAAACU